GCAAAAACAUUCGACACAAUUUUUGCCUAGCAUAGCGGCAACAAGCCAGUGCUGUAGAUACAACAGGCCCUGUGCCCGAGUUGGCCCUCAGGUCCCAGAGUGGACGUUUAUUUGCGAUACAGUUCAGCACGAGAAGUGGUGCAAGAUGCAAAUACCCCAUCAAGGGUGCGUUGACAUCCGAAUAUGUCACGUGUUGAUCGCCAUGACUGAGCGUGGCCUGCGGGACAUCCUCAAGUCAUGGCAGGAGAUGUGCGCUGAAAUAUCCUGCAAGUCUUACGACUACCUGGACUACCGCGACCGCCACUUCGACGACGACCUGGAGGUGUUCGCGGCCAGCGUGCGGGAACUGCUGAGGCGCAUCCACAUGAUGGUCGAGAAGGAGCACGAGGAGAUCUGGGAGACGCCCAUGGCCAACAAGAUGCUGGCCAGGUUCGAGCGGAUCGGCGAAGUGGUCCCACAGCUGGACGUGACGGGGAAGUACAAGAGGAUUCUCGCCCGCUUCCAUCAGGAGCUCGAGAAGGUCACCAAGAUCUACAAUCGUCAGUGUGAGAAUCCUCCGCAGUUGCGUGGCUUGCCCCCUGUUGCAGGUAAAAUCCAGUGGGCUCGAAGCCUAUUUCUUCACCUAGAAGAGCCAAUGAUGUUCUUCAAGGAUCACGCAGUGCUUCUUAAAAUGCCAGAGGGCAAAGAAGCUGUUCGAAAAUACAAUCGAAUAGGGAAGACCUUGGUGCAGUAUGAACUUGCCUACUACGACGCAUGGAGAAAACAGAGUAUCAGCGACAUUCAGAAGUCCCUGCGGUGCACACUGGUGGUGCGACGGCCGGAGAGCGAGGAGCUGUACGUGAACUGGGACCCGCGCAUCUCCACGCUCCUGCACGAGGCCACGAAGAUCCAGCAGCUCGGCUUCGAAGUGCCGUACAUGACGCAGCUGCUUCUCAACCGAGCGCCGUUGCUCCUCAAGAAACGGGACAUGGUUAAGCACCUGCUGAACGAGCAUGAACGAGUGCUGUCCAAAGUCAGCAAGAACCUGGUCAACCUGCUGGUGCCACACGUGACCACGCUGAAGGAGGCGCUGGACCCUCUCCUGACGACGCUCACCUGGUCGUCCAUCCAGGCGCACAGCUACUUCGAGCAGGGCUUCGCCGCCAUUCGCACCUUCGAGACUCUCAUCGACAGAGUAAACGAUAUCUUCCAACACCGCAUGGAGGGCGUGCUCGGGGCCAUGACGGGGGUGCGCCUGUACGCGCUGCCCGACGUGAACCCUUGGACCCUCGAUACCUUUGUGCACAACAACUGGCUGACCUGUUGCCAAGCCUCUCAGGAGCUUAACAGCAGGAGCCGCGUGGUAGAGGACGCUGUCCUCGAGUUGAUUGAACUCGUACUAGUGGGUGUGGACGGCGGGGCGCCGGUCGAGCCGGGCCAGUGCCAGACGAGUUUCCUCACAGUGGACGACCUCGAUGACGGUGGAGACUUCGACGACGGGAGAUCAGUGUCAUCAGGCGGAGGGUCGUCACGACGCAGUCCGGUGCCAGUUGCUGAGGGGCACUUCGCGGCCACACUCGAACUUCCGGCAAAACCGCUCACGUCUCAGGAAAAAGCAGUCCGCAAGAAAAAAGAAAUGAGGGAAAAGGUGGAGUCGGCAGCACGAGACCUUCGGCGCAACUACCACCGCCGGGUCCUGGACGUCCUCAUCAAAUCCGUGCGCGGCGCCCUAGAGUCCAUCCGCAAGCACACCUCCGUCGUCCCUCCACUCUCCAAGCUGAAUGAAGCUAGUCACAGAAGGUCUAAUGACAGACCGGAGGACCUGGGCAUUGCGUUGGUGGAGCUCAGCGUGUCCUUGGUUUCCCCCGGCGUGCAAGUGAGUCCCAGCCUUGACCAAGUGCAGGAGGCUAUCAACAAGGUGGCUAAAAUCAUACUCUCCACUGCCAAGGGUGUCUCGCAGUGGAUUCGUUGCCGCAAGGAAGACGCUGCUCAGCCCAGGUUGGAAACAGAAGACUCUAUUGGUGGUCGAAAGUCACGAAAGAAAGUCAUUGUCUACGAGGUACCAGCUAUGCCCAAAAACUAUUACACACAUGUCUUGGAAAGUAAAGACGUGUCGAAAGUCAUGAGUCAUAUGUCCAACUCUUUCCAGUCUACUAGAAAUGAGGUUUACAACACAUUCAAUAUUUGGGAACAAUACCAUCAUCUCUGGAGGGUCGACAAAGACGCUGCGAUUAAAGAGUUUAUUUCACUCGCACCAUCUGUCCAAGACUACGACAAGACAAUGAAGAGUUACAUCGUAUUAGAAAAACAGAUCAAAGCAGAGGAAUGCCAUUAUCGGGUUGGGGCUCUUGCCCUCAACACAGAGAACCUGAAGAAGGCUCUAGCAGAGGAAGCGUCCCUUUGGGUGGAUAAGUUCGGUGAGGCGCUGAAGGUCAAUUACAUGAAGGAAAUGGAAAGACUCUUUGCUCAGCUGAACGAACUUUCCCGGCGACUGGAGCGACCGCUCAAAGACCUGGACGACAUCAAGGGUGCAAUUGACAUCCUGCGCAAGACACGCGACCUCGAACUUGACAUGGACGAUGCUAUAGAACCUAUAGAGGAAUCUUUUGGGUUACUUGUGAAAUACGAACUUGGACUGUCUCAAGAAGAGGCUGAGAAAGUGGACAACCUGCGUUUCACUUGGCAGAAGGUCCUUGCUCAAGCUGUAGAGGUGCAGAACCUGCUUUCUCGCGUACAGCCAUACUUUAGAAAUGAGCUCAUCCAUAACGUGGCGCAGUUCAAGAAGGACUGCAACAAGUUCGUGCAUGACUAUCGGACGCAGGGUCCCAUGGUGCCUGGCCUGGCGCCAGAGGACGCGUCAGAUAGGCUCAUUGUAGCACAGAAUCGCUUCGAUACUCUAUGGCGAAAGCACUCGAGCUACUCGGUGGGCGAGGAGCUCUUUCGCCUCCCGCGAUCAGAGUUUCCCGAGCUGGGGCAGAUUCGCAAGGAGCUCAACUUGCUUCAGAAGCUAUACAAAUUAUACAAUGAUGUAAUUGAUCGUGUCUCAUCUUACUAUGAAAUUCCGUGGAGUGAAGUCAACAUCGAGGAAAUUAACAACGAGCUGAUGGAAUUCCAAAACAGAUGUCGCAAACUACCUAAAGGCCUAAAGGAAUGGCCGGCCUUCAACGCCCUCAAGAAGACGAUCGACGACUUCAACGACAUGUGUCCGCUCCUAGAACUCAUGUCCAACAAGGCCAUGAAGCCCCGCCAUUGGCAGCGCAUAGCGGAGGUCAUCAACAAGCCCCUCGACGUGGACAGCGAGAACUUUUGCCUCAGGAAUAUCAUGGACUCACCUCUGCUGCAGUUCAAGGAAGAUAUAGAGGACAUCUGCAUCUCGGCUGUGAAGGAGAAGGACAUCGAGGCCAAGUUGCGGAUUGUGACGAACGAGUGGGCGAGCCACGACCUGACCUUCUCCACCUUCAAGAACCGCGGUGAACUGCUGCUGCGAGGCGACACGACGGCUGAGGUCAUAACGCAGCUCGAGGACUCGCUCAUGGUGUUGGGGUCCCUCUUGUCCAACAGGUACAACGCUCCGUUCCGAAAGCAGAUUCAGAAGUGGGUGAGCGAUCUGUCUAACACCAAUGAAAUUCUGGAACGGUGGUUGUUCGUUCAGAAUCUCUGGGUUUAUCUCGAAGCUGUGUUCGUCGGCGGAGAUAUCGCAAAACAGCUUCCUAAGGAAGCCAAAAGAUUCUAUGUAAUUGACAAGAGCUGGCAAAAGAUCAUGGUUCGCGCCCACGACAACCCCAACGUGGUGGCCUGCUGCGUCGGGGAUGACAUGCUGAAGCAGUUACUGCCAUACCUGCAGGACCAGCUAGAGCUCUGUCAGAAGAGCCUGUCAGGGUACCUGGAGAAGAAGCGCCUCAUGUUCCCCCGCUUCUUCUUUGUGUCUGACCCAGCCUUGCUCGAAAUUCUGGGCCAGGCCUCAGACUCGCACACCAUCCAGGCUCACCUCAUGUCGAUCUUCGACAACACCAAGACCGUCCGCUUCCAUGAGCAGGACUACGACCGGAUCACCGCCAUCUCUUCAUGUGAAGGGGAAAUGGUUCAGCUUGAGAAGCCGGUGCGGGCAGAGGGCAGCGUUGAGGUGUGGCUCAUGAAGCUGCUGGUCAUGUGUCAGCAGUCUGUCCACGGCAUCAUCCGCCAGGCGCACCAUGUCAUCCAGGACCCUGACCUGAACGUCCUGCGCUUCUUGGAACAGUUCCCAGCACAGGUGGGCAUCCUGGGGCUGCAGAUGAUCUGGACGAGAGACUCGGAGGCCGCGCUGACGCAGUCUCGUGCUGACCGCCGGGUCAUGGCCGAGAUGAACAAUCGUUUCCUGGAUCUUCUCAAUCUUCUCAUUAAUCAAACGACGCGUGACUUGGAACCUGUACAGAGGACCAAAUACGAAACGCUGAUCACCAUCCAUAUCCAUCAAAGGGACAUUUUUGACAGUCUGUGUCGAAGGAAUGUGCGGUCGGUGUCGGACUUCGAUUGGCUGCGUCAGUGUCGAAUUUACUUCCGUGAGGACAUGGACAAGACAAACAUCGUCCUCACCGACGUCACCUUCCACUACCAGAACGAGUUCGUAGGCUGCACUGAGCGCCUCGUCAUCACGCCCCUCACGGAUAGGUGUUACAUAACGCUGGCGCAGGCGCUGAGCAUGAGCAUGGGGGCGUGUCCCACCGGGCCAGCGGGCACUGGCAAAACAGAGACUACUAAGGACAUGGGGAAGACGCUUGGCAAGUAUGUCGUCGUCUUCAACUGCUCAGACCAGAUGGAUUAUCGCGGUUUAGGCAGAAUCUAUAAAGGGCUUGCCCAAUCCGGGUCGUGGGGCUGCUUCGACGAGUUCAACCGCAUCGAGCUCCCGGUGCUGUCGGUGGCGGCGCAGCAGAUCGCCGUGGUCCACACGUGCAAGAAGGAGCGCCGCAAGACCUUCACCUUCACGGACGGUGACAUCAUCACCAUGAAUCCCGAGUUCGGAAUCUUCCUGACCAUGAAUCUGGGGUACCACGGCCGCCAAGAACUGCCUGAGAAUCUGAAGAUCCAGUUCCGAAACGUGGCGAUGAUGGUGCCAGAUCGUCAAAUCAUCAUUAGGGUCAAGUUGGCGUCUUGUGGUUUCCUGGAGAACAUCACUCUGGCGCGCAAGUUCUUCACUCUCUACAAGCUCUGCGAGGAGCAGCUUACUAAACAGGUCCACUACGACUUCGGUCUUCGCAACAUUCUGUCUGUGCUGCGAACCCUGGGCGCCGCGAAGAGGGCCAACGCCAAGGACUCGGAGUCGACCAUCGUUAUGCGGGUCCUCAGGGACAUGAAUCUCUCGAAGCUAGUCGACGAGGACGAGCCGCUCUUCAUGUCCCUCAUCGACGACCUGUUCCCCAACAUGGCCCAAGAAAAAGGCUACAACAACCACCUCACCAAUAACAUCGCUGAGAUCGUGGGCGAACUCGGACUUAUCCAACAUGCACCCUGGCAGUUGAAGCUCAUUCAGCUGUUCGAGACCCAGCGUGUCAGGCACGGCAUGAUGACGCUCGGGCCCAGUGGAGCCGGGAAGACGACGUGCAUCCAGGUCCUCAUGAAGGCCCUCACAAAGAUGGGGCAGCCUCACAGGGAGAUGCGCAUGAACCCGAAGGCCAUCACGUCCGCGCAGAUGUUCGGGCGGUUGGACGUGGCCACCAACGACUGGACGGACGGCAUCUUCUCCACGCUCUGGAGGAAGACGCUCAAAGCGAAGAAAGGCGAGCAUAUCUGGCUAGUACUAGAUGGCCCCGUCGACGCCAUCUGGAUUGAGAAUCUCAACUCUGUGCUGGACGAUAACCGGACGCUGACGCUGGCCAACGGAGACCGAAUCCCGAUGUCGCCCUGCUGCAAAGUCAUUUUUGAGCCGGCCAACAUUGACAACGCUUCUCCCGCGACGGUGUCCAGGAACGGGAUGGUGUACAUGAGUUCGUCUGGACUGGACUGGCAGCCCCUCCUGCAGGCGUGGUUAAGGACGCGACCCCACUAUGAGCAACCAAUAAUCAGUGACCUCUUCGCAAAGAACUUUUUGUCGCUGUUCACAUGGUGCAAGCAAAACCUGCGGCUUUGCAUUCCCAUCCUGCAGGUUAAUGUUAUCACACAGGCCAUAACCCUCCUGGAGGGCCAGCUGCCGGAAGGAGAAGACCCCACGCAUCAGGCCUCGGUCCAGGAGCACAUUCAGCGCCUCUAUGUGUUUACAAUGAUGUGGAGCCUGGGCUGCUUCAUGGAGCUGGCUGACCGUGCCAAGAUGGAGCAUUACAUGCGCGCUAAUUGCCAAGACCUUGACCUUCCACCCCAUGGGGGAGCAGAUGAUUCCAUGUUCGACUACCGCGUGGACGAGAAUGGUUGGUGGCAACACUGGGGAACGCGAGUGUCAGAGUAUGUAUACCCAGACACAGGCACUCCGGAUUACAACUCCAUUCUUGUGCCAAAUGUGGACAAUGUACGAAUGGACUUCCUCAUCCAUACGGUGGCGCAGCAAGGGAAGGGUGUGCUGCUGAUAGGCGAGCCGGGGUCUGCCAAGACGGUCACCAUUAAUGCCUUCAUGAAAAAGUAUAACCCUGAGGAUCAUCUUUAUCGUAACUUCAACUUCUCGUCAGCCUCCACGCCUCUUUAUUUCCAGCGCACUAUCGAAAGUUACAUCGACAAAAGGAUGGGCAGCACAUUCGGUCCUCCAGCCGGAAAAACCAUGACAGUGUUCAUCGAUGACCUCAACAUGCCGCACAUCAACGACUGGGGAGAUCAGCCAACAAAUGAAAUCGUGCGCCAGACUAUGGAAAUGGGGGGAUUCUACAGCCUUGAGAAACCUGGGGACUUUAUUCAUGUAGUUGACAUCCAGUUCCUGGCAGCCAUGGGACAUCCGGGUGGCGGUCGCAACGACAUACCGGCGCGCCUGAAGCGCCAUUUUUGCAUUUUUAACUCCACCAUCCCAUCGGAGAACUCCAUUGAUAAGAUCUUCGGAGUUAUCGCCAGGGGCCACUUCAGCAGCAAGAGAGGCUUCAACCAGGAAGUCAGGGACAUGCUGGAGAGACUCAUCCCACUCACAAGGAAGUUGUGGGCGCACACAAAGUGUAAAUUGCUUCCGACGCCCGCAAAGUUCCACUACGUGUUCAACCUUCGAGAUCUGUCGCGCAUCUGGGAGGGAAUGCUGGGCGCAGCGCCCAAUGUGAUCACGUCUGGUGACGCCCUUUUGGCACUGUGGCGCCACGAAUGCUGCAGGGUCAUUUCUGACAGGUUCACCACGCCAAAGGACGUGACCUGGUUCGAGAAUGCGCUGGUGACCGUUACAAAGGAGGAGUUGGGCCACCGCGCGACAGACGCCAUAACUCGCUCCGAAAAUUUUGUGGACUUCCUCAGAGAUGCUCCCGAGCCAACAGGAGACGAAGGCGAAGACCUGGACAUGGAGAUGCCGAAGGUGUACGAGCCCAUCCCGUCCUUCACCGCCCUGGAGGAGCGCCUUCAGAUGUUCCUGGCUCAGUACAACGAGAUGGUUCGGGGCACCGGCAUGGACCUCGUGUUCUUUAAAGAUGCAAUGAUCCAUCUCACAAGGAUCUCCCGGAUCAUCCGAAAUCCGGGCGGCAACGCUCUCCUUGUGGGCGUGGGCGGGUCUGGUAAGCAGUCCCUCACCAAACUGGCCUCCUUUAUCGCCGGGUACAAGACCUUCCAGAUCACGCUCACCAGGUCAUAUAACACGGCUAACCUAUUGGAAGAUCUGAAAGUGUUGUACCGAACAUGUGGAAUUCAGGGGAAAGGCACGACCUUUAUCUUCACAGACCAGGAGGUGAAGGAGGAGGCUUUUCUGGAAUACCUAAACAACGUCUUGUCAUCAGGUAUGGUGAGCAACCUGUUCAACCGCGACGAGCAGGGCGAGAUCGUAAGUGAGCUGAUCCCCGUGAUGAAGCGCGAGCACCCGCGGCGGCCGCCCACGCCCGAGAACGUCAUGGACUACUUCCUCACCCGCACGCGCCACAACCUGCACGUCGUUCUCUGCUUCUCGCCGGUCGGCGAGAAGUUCAGGAACCGCGCCAUGAAGUUCCCGGGCCUGAUCAGCGGCUGCACCAUCGACUGGUUCCAGCCGUGGCCGAAGGAGGCGCUGGUGGCGGUGGCGUCGCACUUCCUCAAGGCCUAUGAGAUCAUUAGCACCAAAGAGGUCAAGACGAGCUUGGUCAAGGGCAUGGGAACCAUCCACGACAACGUGUCUCAGCUGUGCACCGAGUACUUCCAAAGGUACCGCCGAGCGGCGCAUGUGACGCCUAAGUCGUUCCUGUCGUUCAUCAGCAUCUACAAGAAGAUCUACAACUCGAAGCGCGAGGAAAUCGGCGAGUCGGCCAACAGGAUGACAUCCGGCCUCGACAAACUGCAGGAGGCUUCGGUGGCCGUCAAGAGACUUCGGGAGGAGCUGUGCGUCAUGGAGGACGAGCUGGCCGUCGCCUCGAAGAAAGCUGAGAAGAUCCUGGUGGAGGUGACCAAGCGAGCGGAGGAGGCGGAGGGCAUCAAGGAAGAGGUGGAGAAGGUCCGCGACAAGGCCCAGGCGCUCGUCGACGACAUCGCCACAGACAAGUCGCUCGCGGAGGAGAAGCUGGAGGCGGCGAGGCCGGCGCUGGAGGAGGCCGAGGCGGCGCUCAACACCAUCAAGCCAGCGCAUAUUGCGACGAUCCGGAAGCUGGGUCGGCCUCCGCACCUCAUCAUGCGCAUCAUGGACUGCGUCCUGCUGCUGUUCCAGCGCCACGUGCAGCCCGUCAAGCCGGACUCCGUGGCACCGUGCCCGAAGCCCUCUUGGCCAGACAGCCUGAAGAUGAUGGCCAGCACAACAUUCCUGCUGUCCCUCCAGAACUUCCCGAAGGACACCAUCAACGACGAGGUGGUGGAACUCCUGGAGCCAUACUUCAACAUGGAGGACUACGACAUGGACACCGCGAACCGCGUGUGCGGCGACGUGGCCGGCCUGCUGUCUUGGACCCGAGCUAUGGCCGUCUUCUUCGGAGUCAACAAGGAGGUCCUGCCCCUGAAGGCAAACCUGGCGCUGCAGGAGGCGCGGCUGCGCGUCGCCAUGGGGGACCUGGAGCGGGCGCAGGCCGAGCUGGAUGACAAGCAGCGAGAGUUGGAUAUGGUGCGCGGGCAGUACCAGUGUGCUCUGGCGGAGAAGCAGAAGCUAAUCGACGCUGCAAAUGUGUGCCGCAGGAAGAUGCAGGCGGCGGCAACGCUGAUCAACGGCCUGGCCGGAGAGAAGGUGCGCUGGACGCAGCAGAGCAAAGCCCUGCGGCAGCAGCUGGGCCGGCUGGCCGGCGACGUCCUGGUGACCACCGCCUUCCUCUCGUACGCGGGCCCCUUCAACCAGGAGUACCGCACGAAGAUGAUGAUCACGUGGUACAAGAUGAUGGACACCCGAAAGGUUCCAUAUACGCAGGAACUCGACGUCACUACAUGGCUCGUAGAUAAUGCAACUGUUUCGGAGUGGAACCUCCAGGGACUUCCUAACGAUGAACUCAGCAUCCAGAACGGCUUGAUCGUGACCAAAGCAUCUUGUUAUCCAUUACUGAUUGACCCGCAAGGCCAGGGCAAGAUCUGGAUUAAGAACAGGGAAGCUAUGAACGAGCUGCAGAUCACAUCCCUCAACCACAAGUACUUCCGCACCCACCUUGAGGACUCGCUCUCGCUCGGUCGCCCUUUGCUGAUCGAGGACGUGGAGGAAGAAUUAGAUCCCGUCCUGGACAAUCUCUUGGAAAGGAAUUUCAUCAAAUCAGGAUCCAUACUAAAGGUUGUAGUCGGGGAUAAAGAAUGCGACGUCAUGCCGGGAUUCAUGCUAUACAUGACCACAAAACUCUCCAACCCGGCCUAUACGCCCGAGGUAUCGGCCAAGACUUCCAUUAUUGACUUCACCGUCACAGUGCAUGGCCUCGAGGACCAGCUUCUAGGUAGAGUCAUCAGGACCGAGAAGAGGGAGUUAGAAAACGAACGCGUUGCACUUAUCGAGGAGGUGAUGGAAAACAAACGUAAAAUAAAGGAACUCGAAGAUAACCUUCUGUACCGUCUCACUUCAGUCCAGGGCUCACUGGUGGACGACGAGGACCUGAUCGUCGUGCUGCAGGAGACCAAGGCGACCGCCCAGGACGUGAGCACGAAGCUGCACAUCGCCUCGGAGACCGAACGUAAGAUCAACGGCGCACGCGAGGAGUACCGUCCCGUGGCCACUCGCGGCUCCAUCCUGUACUUCCUCAUCACCGACAUGGCUGCCGUGUCGUGCAUGUAUCAGACCUCCCUCAGGCAGUUCCUCGUCCUCUUUGAUAUGUCGAUGACAAGAUCAGAGAAGAGCAACAAUCCCAAGAACCGAAUCAUCAACAUCAUCAAAUUCCUGACUGCUCAGGUCUGGAGGAAUGCUUGUCGGGGAUUUUAUGAACGUCAUAAGCUGCUGUUCACUCUGCUGUUGGCCAUGAAGAUAGAUUUGCAGUCUGGCCAUAUCUCUCACGAUGAGUUCAUGAAGUUUAUCAAAGGAGGCGCGUCCCUCGACCUGAAAGCCGUCCAGCCAAAGCCAUUCCGCUGGAUCCUCGACAUCACGUGGCUCAACUUGGUCGAGCUCAGCAAGCUGGGUCAGUUCGCCAAUAUCCUCGACCAGAUCGUCGAAAACGAGAAGGACUGGAAGGUUUGGUUUGAGAAGGAGAAGCCGGAAGAGGAGGAAUUGCCUUGCGGAUACUCUCGCAACCUCGACAUGUUCCGGCAGCUCCUUCUGAUCCGCUCGUGGUGUCCUGACCGCACCCUCUCGCAAGCACGGAGGUACAUUCGAAACUCGCUCGGGGAACAAUACUCCGACAGCGCCAUCCUGGACCUGGAAUCCACGUGGGAGGAGUCUGACAACAGGACUCCUCUCGUCUGCUUCCUGUCUCAGGGCUCGGAUCCUUCCAGCCAAAUAGAGAUCUUGGCGAAGACCAAAGAGAUGGAAAUGCGGUCGAUAUCCAUGGGGCAGGGGCAGGAAGCCCACGCGAGGCGCCUCCUCGCCGACGCCAUGGCCGCCGGCCGCUGGCUGCUGCUCCAGAAUUGCCAUCUCAGUCUGGACUUCUGCCAGGAGAUGCUGGACACCGUCACGGAGUCGGACAACGUCAACAGGUCGUUCAGACUGUGGAUAACAACAGAGGUCCACGCUGCCUUCCCGAUUGGCCUGCUGCAGAUCUCUAUCAAAUUUACGAACGAGCCGCCCCAAGGCAUCCGCGCCAGCUUGAAGAGGACGUAUGCCGAUAUCUCUCAGGACCUUCUGGACUACUCCAAUGUCCCUCAGUGGCCGCGGCUGCUGUACUCGACAGCUUUCCUGCACACGGUGGUGCUGGAGCGGAGGAAGUACGGGGCGCUCGGUUGGAACAUUCCGUACGAGUUCAACCAAGCGGACUUCCAGGCUUCGGUGCAGUUUAUCCAGAAUCAUCUGGAUGACAUGGAUCCGAAAAAGGGCGUAUCGUGGGUGACAGUAUGCUACAUGUUAGGAGAGAUACAGUAUGGAGGUCGAGUCACCGAGGAUUUCGACAAGAGGCUCCUACUCACUUUCCUGCACGUCUGGUUCAACGAGAGGCUUCUUGCUUCAGAUUUCAGAUUCUACCAGGGUUAUAACCUACCAAUGUGCAAGACGCAAGCAGAGUACCUGGAAUUCAUCAGCAUGUUGCCCGCCACCGACUCUCCAGAGGUAUUCGGCCUGCACCCCAACGCUGACAUCACGUACCAGAUCAACACAGCUAAGAGUAUCCUAGACACCAUCCUCAGCAUGCAGCCCAAAGAGGGAGGGCAGCGGGGCGGCGAGACGCGCGAGGUUGUGGUUUCUCAGCUUGCACACGAUAUGAUCAUGAAGCUGCCUGUUGACUACAUUCAGCAUGAGAUCAAGGAGGCUCUGCAAAGGAUGGGUGCCAUACUGCCCAUGAACAUCUUCCUUAGACAGGAGCUCGACCGCAUGCAGAAGGUCCUGAAGGUAGUGAGGCAGACUUUACACGACCUUCACCUUGCCAUCGAAGGCACCAUCAUCAUGAGUCCGUCCCUCAAGGAUAUGCUGGAUGCCAUGUACGACGCGCGGGUGCCGGAAAGGUGGCGAAAGGUGUCGUGGGAGUCGAGCACCCUCGGCUUCUGGUUCACGGAGCUGAUCGAGCGCGAUUGUCAGUUCCGCCGCUGGUACUCGUACGGCCGUCCUAAGUCCUUCUGGAUCACGGGCUUCUUCAACCCGCAAGGAUUCCUGACUGCAAUGCGACAGGAAGUGACACGACAGCAUCGUGGUUGGUCCUUGGAUUGUGUCAUCCUACAGAAUUUGGUGACACGUUUCAACCGCGAGGACAUCCACGACCCACCGCCUGAGGGCGUGUAUGUGUACGGACUUUUCCUAGAGGGCGCCUCAUGGGACCGCAAGCAGGGCAAGCUAGCAGAAUCACGAGCAAAAGUACUGUACGAGCCCAUGCCGGUUGUUUACUUGUACGCUGUAAAUACUACCAGUGGUAAAGAUCCUACGCUGUACGAGUGCCCUAUCUACCGAAAACCUCUGCGCACAGAUUCUACCUACAUUGGUUCCAUUGACUUGGAAACCAUUGACUACCUGCCUUCCCACUGGACUCUGCGCGGAGUCGCUCUUCUGUGUGACAUUAAGUAG